CUGAGCUACAAUAAUGUCUCCUCCCUGAAGAUGCUCAUGGCCAAAGACACCUGGGUCCUCGCUUCCGAGAUCAAUAAGAUCAAACUCUACACCUUGGAGGAUGACAAAUUCCUGUCCUUCCACAUGGAGAUGACUGUCCAUACGGAUACAACUCAAGCCUUUCUCCUGCUCUCAGACCUGCGCCGGCGACCUGAGUGGGACAAGCACUAUAAGAGCGUGGAACUCAUACAGCAGGUGGAUGAAGACGACGCCAUCUACCACGUCAUCAGCCCCGUCCUGGCGGGCGCCGCUGACGGCAAGCCCCAGGACUUCGUCAUCCUGGCCUCGAGGCGGAAGCCAUGCGACAGUGGGCUCCAGAUGUGAAUCAGGUGCCCCGAGAAGGAAAGAUGAUGUGCCAAGUAGGGGUGUCCCCUCUAGGGCUGGAAAAACCUCCAGGUGAGGCAGGCCUGGGCUGCCAAAGCCCAACAGAAAGUCGGGGGGCUCUCUCUCCCGGUGUGCCAGUCUACGGAUCCCCUUCCUCUGUUUCUGUUCUAGGGAUCCAUAUGUGAUAGCCCUCAGGUCAGUCACCCUGCCCACACACCCCGAGACCCCG